UAUUUCAACUCUUCGAAAAAGUUGAUUAGAUAUUUAAGAAAUAGAUGACGCUGUCGUAACACUAAAAUAGAUAGGUUUAUCCAAUUUAUUAAAUUAUUACAGUCGUAUGGUAAUUGCUUUUGCUACCAGCGAAUAAUGAAUCCUUUUAUAAAUUGCAAACUUUUGUCUAAAUUUUUGUUUAAGAUUGGUCAUGUCAGUUGAGUUACCUGAAGCUAAAGCUGAUACCCUCCAAGAAGUCUUCUCAGACAAGUUCCAGUAUAUCAAUCUAGAUCAUUAUAAUAUUUAUCAUUUCGAGGAAAUUUUGAUUGAUGGUCGACGAUAUCAAUUCCGAUUAUCUUCAAAAGGUGAUUUAAUGACGGUGGUCACGCAUAUAGCUGGAAGAGCUGUUCUUUUGGUAUCUGUAUGGACAAAUAUGGAUUAUGAGAAACGUUUACGUGAAAUCCAUCAGCAUAUUUUAGAAAUGGAACGUACUGGAACUAUUCCUAUCGAUUUUCGAGGUAUCACUGAUUUUAAUUUUCCACAUUACAAAAUAUAUGGAAUCGAUUAUUUUUAGUGAUUUCGUUUCAAAUCGUUACUGGUAUUCUUAUUAUUAAAUGUUUAACAUUAAUUGUAUUUAUCAGGUAAUCAGGCUAUUGUUUCUGUCACCUGAUGUAUCGUCUCUCAGUUUACUAUUUAUUGAAUUUACCGAGUCUCAUGCAUUAAUUUACACACUCUCUUUUCACUACCGAUUUGAAUUGUGAAUAAAAGUAAACCCAACAGUUGUAUGUUUCAAUCUGACUCAUUUGAAAACAUGUUCUGAAUUAGGAUUUUCAUUUUCUACAAACUUCAGCUAACGGUAACUGAACAUCGUUCAUAUGAAUUGAAAUUAGUGUAUAAGUAAUGUAUACCUAGUUAAUAACUGAACUAAGGUCACAAAAAUUUGGGUUAUACUAAUCGUAUACCGUUUAAAAUACUCUCCAUUUAUGACAGUAUACUCAUCCCAUAUUCGUUUGAAUUGUUGAAAACAUCUCUGGAGCUACUUAAAAGCUAUACAUUUCUGUUACUUCGUCUUUCACACUUUAUUGUCCGUAUCAUUCCAUUGUUGCUCUCACAUGACCAUUUUGAAUUUUAUGGAUCAAAAGAAAUCACAUGGAACUCAGUCUAGCUGGGAAUAAAGGUUAUCUAAUAUGAUGAAUCAAUUAUUAGACAGAAACUCACGAACAAUCACUUAUGAAUGUGCAGGUGCAUUGUUGUAAUUCAAUAGUCAUCCAUCAGUAUCACACAAAUCCUAUCUAAUUUGAAGGUGUUAAGAAUUUUUACAUAAGGACAGCAUUUUCGAACGAAUUUGUUUAUAGAUAUCGAAAUAAAUUUUAUAGUAGUUUCACUUUAUUUAUUAUUAUAUGUACUUGGCAUAUUAUGGUCGAUGGAUUUCAGUCAGAACUUGGAUUUAAAUAACCAGAUGUCUGAUUCAACCAUAAUUCACUGAGCUGUCAUAUUUAUUUAUUUAUUUUAACACAGAUAUCGGUACAUAUGCGCCACACAGAUCUCAUUUGAUGUGUGUAGGCUGUGAUACUGCCCGGGUGCCGAAACCGAAGCAGGUGGUUUUCUUAGGGGGCCACACCCCGAGGCUUUGACCUAAAGAUCUGAUCCACAAGCCAAUGGAGCAUCGUAAGGAGAUGCAGUCCCAUGGUAGCCGUUGACCAACGAU